AUGAGCACCGGAGCCAUGACAUGGAGAGCCUUAGUGAUCCUAGUGGCCACGCUUGGCGUUGCCUUAUCAGAUGAACGUUGGGCAGCAUACUCACAAAAUGGCUGGCAGCCUGGAGACCGUCCAAAUGAGAACACGAGCAUCAUUGUAUUGCUGGCGCUGCGGCAGCGAAAUUUGGAUUUGCUGGAGCGCAAGGCAAGAGCAGUUUCAGAUCCCAACAGCCCGGAGUAUGGCAGAUAUCUCGAAAGGGAUGAGCUCUAUGGCAUAGCGGGCUCAUCGGCUUACAAUGCAGAUAUCGUGGAAGAAUUCUUUAGCAAACUACCUGGGAAGUUUGAGUUUUCUUUUGGCAAGGACUUUGCCAGGUAUAGCUGUACGGUUGGAUGUGUUGAGAGGGUCUUCAGUACAACUCUACGGAUCCAAGAAGCAAAGCCGGCGCCGGGAACCACUGCCAUCCGAGCUUCAGAGCCAAUCCGUUUGCCCGAGCACAUUCAGAAGGCCUUGGAGGGGACCUCUUUGAAUGCUCCACUCUUCAUGCCUCCACAUCCAAUGCAGAGAAAAGUAGGGCCCUUCCUUUACAACCGCUCAGGAAGAACUGCACCUCGUGUUCGCCCUGUGAUUGCAGCAGGUGAUCAGUUCAUCAGUGUGCACUUUGUGGCCUAUUGCAAGGACAAAAUUGUCAACCAAGACACAGUUCAGAAUGGAAUUUGCAAAAACAGCCCACAUUCCUUGCUCAUCACUGCCUUUGAUGUCCUAGUCUUGCAAACGGCGACAAACUGGCAAAAGCUUGUCAGAGUUCCUGCUGUUCCAGACACCCUUGGCCAGAAGAUCGCCAAGACCAAAGACAAUCAAAGCUGCAUGGAAUUUAAUGCGACACUCGGCAAUAUUCAAAACUACGCCAGCACUACUGUGAGGAUCCGAUCACUUUUUUUCAGAUGGAUCAGUUUCAGACUUCAGUGA